AUGACUGAAGCAUUGAACGACGACAAUCAUGAGGAUAGCACUGACCCAGUUAACCCUGAAAUAUCACCUUUGAACACCCAAGAAAACUUCCCCGACUUAAAAAGGGGGAUAAAACUACCCCAAUCGCCAUUACAAUGGUCAACUGCCAACGACUUUUUCAAGUUAACUUUUUUGAAUCACCCAAUCACACCGGAUGAUCUAAAUAACAACAUCAAUACCAUGGUAACCGUCGUCUACAAUUACUUUAGUGGGAAUUUUGGACAUGUUGAUAACAAUAGCAGUGUAGAAUUCGAAAGAAAAUACCAAACAUUUUCAACAAAGGAUUUAAAAAAAGCUUUAAAGAAAUUAAAACUGGAAAACGGUAGUAUUCUGGAGAUAAAAUUUGUCGCGAAGAAAUUGCGCAUCCACCUUAAUAAGUCAAAUAAUACGGAACUACAUAAUUCUGAUAGUCAUGCAUCUGCAGACAUUGAUCACGAUCAUCUAAUUGGUAAAAACUUCUGGGGUUACGUUAAAAAAUUUUUCAAAAAGAAUACAAGUUCACUUCCAUCAUUUAAUUUAGCGCAAUGUACAUCCUAUUUUACCAAAACAUUCUCCGCGAUUAACCCAAAUAAAACAUUCAAUAUUCCUUAGUUGGAUCCCAAAAUUUGCUUCUCCUCAAACACCUUUUAAGCUUGACCCCCCGACCACUCCUAAAUAAUUCGGACUCUGCGGAGGAGAGUGCCCCCCGAUCUAUCAAGAGAUUACAAACGUCAUACGUAAAAUGAAACUGUCUGGCUCACCAUGCCCACUUGAUCAGAUAUCAAUAAUCUGUUUUAAACGAUGUCCGUAUCUACGUUCCUACUUGACUGAGAUAAUCCAUGCAGCUUGGUCACGCGGUGUUGUUCCAUCUGAAUGGAAAAAAGCAUGCACAAUAUUAAUUCACAAGAAAGGAGAAACAAACGACCCAGCAAACUUUCGACCAAUUACUCCUGAAUCCAUCCCGCUUAAGAGCGACUGUCCGUAAAUAUCGAGCAAACAGUGGCAAUAGAUGAAAAAUCGAUUUCUUUCAUAUUUUCCUCAAAUUUAGGUAAUACCUAGUUAUAAAUGGUGUUUGAGUUAGAUAUUCAAUAUUUGGUCGAUAAACGUACAAAUAUCAGAAAUCAAGAAUUCGUCUCAGGAAGGCUAUAAUUAGCCGCAGACAAUGCCGUUGCCAUGGUCAAUUUCAUCACUUCGCGACAGAUUCAAAACUGAUCGUAGAUAGUUUUGAUGGUUUAAUGACUAUAAUUCAAGUAUUAAAGAACAAUUUUAUCAAUAUAGAAUGGCCCAGGAGGCUUUAACUGGCCUGACAGACGUUGUUGAAAUUGGCUAUUUUUAGUCAAAUCUUACAAUUGCAUUUUGUCACUGGAUUUGAAGGGAAAAUUUACUAUGUGCGAUAAUCGUGAAUUUGUUUAUAUUUCAUCCACGGAAUGGUAUAGCAUGAGUACACGUUAUAUAUAAAAACUAGCUUGAGUUAUUGCCUUGGAGCCUCACGCGAGACUUUUAAAAAAGCUCAUUUUGGUGAUUUCCAGUGGAAUGUAACACAAUUAAAUCAUUAGACCCAUACGUCUAUACCAGAGUCACGAAGCUCAAAUUGUGCAAAACUUUGAAUUUUGUGUUUCGAUAUCAAUGUAUAUGCUUUGUAUAUAUACAGUCGAACCUGUAUUAAGCGGUCACCCUCGGGGAUUUCGCAAGUGACCGCUUAAUACAGGUUGACCGCUUAAUACAGGUCUUGUAGAAAAUUGCCACACGGCUUAAAUAUAACAUUUAAUAUAACUAAAUUUGAACUAAACAGUAAUAUAUUUCAAUACACAUACCAAGUAACCAAUUAAAAAGUAUAUAAAACUGCAAAUUGUUUCUGAAUUGUUUCUGAGUUGAGACUACAUGUACUACUGUAAAAUAAAAAUGUCAGAGCUUAAACCGCUGAAAAAUAGUCAUGAAUUUUUGUUUGUUGUUGCGGACUGCUCAGUUUAAUUUGACUCAACAAGUCAUUCACCCCUGACAUAGUAUAGUGUCCAGCGGAGGACACGUGACUUUGGGAUGGCGGGAAAAGCUUGCAUGUGGACUUAGUGAAUAUAUUAUAUGCAUGGCAGACUUUGUAGUUACAAGUAUACGUUUACAGAAAUAAAAGAAUAUAAUAUUGGCGACGAGACAUUGAACCUAUGGCAGCUUUGCAACUUCCCACUCUAGCACCCUUCUCUGUGUUAUCUGACAGUGCAUGCUACGCUCAGUCAACGUUGGACAAAAUGGGUUAAAAGUUUCGAAUAUUUUCUGGUCGCUUCGAACGUGACGGACAAGAAACGACAACGGGCAUUGUUGUUGCAUUUAGCUGGACCAGAAGUACAAGAAGUUUUCGAAACACUAAGUGACACGGGAGAUGACUACGCUACUGCUCUCGAAAAGUUGGAUGCCUACUUCAAACCGCAAAAGAACAUCCCGUUUGAACGCCAUAUGUUUAGACAAGCCACCCAAGACCCCUCGGAAACGAUGGAUACGUACGUUACUAGACUCAAACGAUUAGUACAAACCUGUGAUUAUGGUACCUUGUCCAACGAAAUGAUUCGCGAUCAGGUCCUGGAGAAAUGUUAUUCAACGCUUUUACGGCGUCGGUUACUUCGCGAAGAAACCCUUACCCUCGAUGUUAUUUUACGCAUUGCUAGAGCCCUCGAAGCGUCUGAUCGCCAAGCACAACAAAUCGAAGGCACCAAGAACUCCGAGAGCGAUGCUGAGAAAAGCUCUGCAUAUGUUAUCCAGCCUUGA